AUGAGUGGUCCCAAUGGGAUGUUAUAUGGUGGUGACGAAAUUGGUGCUCUAGUGUUUGAUCCUGGGCAUCACUCAUUACGGGUUGGUUACGCGCAAGAAGAUACUCCAAAAGCUGAUAUUCCUGCUGUAAUCGGCGUCGGGCCGGCACCUCUUAUUCCAGACGCAGAGCAGAAAGUACCUGAUGGCAAUGUUACACAGAGUGGUACAAAAACCGGCAAUGAGCUCAGGCAUUACAUCGACGUCACAGAAUUACAUGUACCCAGGCCAAGUAUGGAAGUCCAGACUUAUAUGAAAGAUGGACAGAUUGAGAAUUGGGAUCUGUUUGAAAAGAUGCUGGACUAUUGUUACGCAAAGGUCAUUCGAUCUCCAUCGGAACACCAUCCAGCCCUUUUCACUGAGGCUGUAUGGACAUCAAGACCUACUCGAGAGAAAUUGGCCGAACUUCUAUUUGAAAAGUAUCAGGCACCAGCAUUCUUCCUUGUGAAGAACGCGGUACUUGCAGCGUUCGCUAAUGGAAAGUCUACAGCGCUGGUGAUAGAUGCUGGAGCAAGUCAGACAUCGGCUGUUCCAGUUGUGGAUGGAUACGCGUUGGUGAACGCCGCCGUACGAUCGCCCGUUGGCGGAGACCAUUUGGUCGCUCAAGCCAAGAAUAUGCUGAAUAAUAUGCAUAUACAAAUGUUGCCAGUUUAUAGCAUACAGACUAAAGAAGUGAUUAGAGAAAGAGAAAGAGCCAGAUAUACAUUGAAAACUCUUCCUGCUGGUCUCACUCCAUCGUGGCAACAGUAUAUGUUGAAACGUCAGUAUGAAGAUUUCUGUCAUUGCGUUGCACAGGUAUCGGAAAUAGCAUAUGAUGAACGGACAGCUGCUGUAGUACCGGGGGUGCAUCAUGAGUUCCCCGGGGGCUAUCAUCAGGACUUUGGUCCUGAGAGGUUCAAACUCACCGAAUGCUUAUUUGAGCAGUCGUUAGGAGCACCCCACUUAGCGUGCGCAGCAGCAGCAGCCUGCGACGCAGACGCUCGGCCCGCUCUGUGGGCCUCGGUAGUGGCGUGCGGUGGAGUUGCAGCCAUGGGAGGCUGGACGGAGCGCCUUGCCAAGGAGCUGGCAGCCAGGGCUCCGUCCUCCCACCGGCUCAAGACCCACGCGGCGCCUUCGCCCGUCGAGCGGCGCUUUGCGGCGUGGAUAGGUGGUUCGAUUUUGGCCUCGAUUGGAUCCUUCCAGCAGAUGUGGAUCUCUUCCCAAGAGUACGACGAGGGCGGUAAAGGUCAACUGGAGAGGAAGUGUCCUUGA